UUGACCGGUUGUUUACUCUCAGAUAACGCCAUGAAAAUGCUGUCAAUUGAAAUGAAAAUUGUUCCCUUUGUAAUUAACAUUUUCACAUUAUUAAUAUUUUUUAGCCCGACGAAUUCCGAUUUACUUGACUCCACAGUUGAUUUUCACAUCGAUGGAGAUGGAUUUCACAGGAAAAUUUUUUAUUUCGUGGACAUACCGAAUUUGAGGGAAAGUGAUUGUCAUGUGGCAUUGGUCGUGGAAUUACCGCAGUCUUUGUACGUCAACGUCGACGAACUCGCGGAUUUGAGAAGGACCGGUGAGGUGACAGCUUGCUCUGAGGGUGAAACGGAUGUUGAAAUUUUCGCGGAAGAGGCUAAACCCCAGAGUGUAACAAUUUGCUCAGCAUUGAACGAAACCAAUAGUAUUCUCAGCCUCCCAGUGCAUCAGAGGUAUCAUCGAGCUAGAAAGGGAGGAGAUUUCCUCUCCGUGAUUUUUCCAACUCCCAAAUUACUUCUCGGUUGCAAAAAUCGAGUCAAAGAAUAUCCUGUCUCAAAAAUGGAUCUCUGUGCACCUUGUGUCGAUCUCUCCAUCAAAUGGCGAGAAAUUCCCUACGAAACUCGAACAAAACCUUACGAGUGGAAAAUUCCAGUUGGAGAUUCUUCCCAGAGGCAUUUCGUCACCUGCAUUACAUUAUUUGUGACCUCAGUGGGGACGAUAUGGGUCCUGAAGACCUUGUGGAGAUCCAGCUCGAACCGACGACGAAAGAUUGACUGAAUAAUCAUGAUAUGCGAAUAAAAAUUCCAAAGAUUUCAUGUUGAUCGUUUUUACAGGGUGUAUUCUUAAAUUACCUGAAAUAAAUAUUAAUUAUCUACAUUA